UCUAACAUGGUAGUUGAGAGGUCCGACUCAUUCGUUUAGCAAAAUGCUAACUACUUAGUUUUAUUGUUCAGAACGUAAGAACACCCUUUACCAUUUGAAAAAUCAUGUUGUUGAUGCGAACACGAGUGCGUGAUCUGGUGUAAUUAUUACUGAUUUUCAACUUGGGGGUUUUACACUCAAAUAACCUGAUUAUCAUAACAAUACAAGCGAACUGAUGUUACCCAUACAAAACAACCAUGUUAUUGAAUUUUUUGAUUCUAUUAUUUGUCAUUAGCAAGUGUAUUCACAAUCCACUCGUUUUUUAUUGGGUUGUUUGGCGACCAGGUAUUGUAGAUUACUUGAACUUUUAACACAUCAUGUGUUUUGUAGUUAAGGUUGUGAGAAUUCAUGUAACAAUAUGGCCUAGUCCUUAGUCCCAACAACUAGGCGUGUGGAACGGUUUGGUCCAUACCAAACCGCAUCAAACCAAAACAAUGCUUAAAUCGGAUCACACCGAACCAAAUAUAAUAUGGUCUAGUCCUUAGUCCUUAGUCUCAUGUAACUUAUAUGAUUCUAGAUCCUACUAUAUCUUUCACAAUCGAACUGUGGAUUACUGGAUUUCAUGAAGAGUAUGAAAGGACCAAACCGUUGCACACCCGACAAGAAAAUUACAUUCCCAUUAGAUGGGACUAUUGGGCCCUCUUUUCUCCGUAACCCCUCGUCGCAAGCCCAGUCCAAUUCCCCGUUUCUUCGACCCUUUAACUUUGUGUAUGGGCUAGCGGCCCAAUCUACUUUCACAAUGUCGUUGACGUAGCCGGGAAUAAAUGUGAAGUUUGGUCAUGGAACUCUUGGGUAUGGUUCAGUUGGGCGCUCAAAUUAUGUGUGAAAGUAUAUCAAACUUACUUGACAUGACAACUAUCUAAUCGAAGGCAUUCUAAUUGUCAAAGCAGGAUCACAAUCUUAAUAAGUGUGGGAUAUGACACCUGAAGACUCAUCACUUGUCAUCUAACUCUUAUUAGGUUGUAGUGUAAGUCGAAAAUAAGUAUCUCUAUAAAAAUUAUUUCGACAAAUGUUUAUGUGUCAGAUUAUCGAUUGUGACACAUAUAAGUGACAUUGAGAUGCUAUUGUAUAGUCGAUAUAGUAGACAAAAAAAAUUCAAAUCCGUGACAAAGUAUUCCAAACUUGUGUGUCGAGUUGCCAACUAACUUUCUCCUCUUGGUUAUAUACUAACAUUUUUCUGUGUGUUUAUAUAUAUAGUAGUUAUCGCAACCAUAUUUUUCACGUUUCCCAAGAAAUUGUAAGAUCAUAGUUACGUGAAUACGGAGUAUCUUGUUCAUUCAUAAGAUUAUAUUUUAUAGUGCAAUGUCAACCAUUUAUGCAAAACACAAUAGUUUGAUGACCAAUUAUGCAUUGAAAAGCUGAAGGAGGUCCUAAAGGUAAAUGUUUAUUUAACUUCAAAAAGAUGCCCCGACAAGUUACGGCGGCCGGUGCUUAUUAGCAAGUAGCAACUUCCGGCAGCUUGAAGCUUAAAAUCCUCCACAAUCACAAUUCACAAGUCCCGCGCUAAAAAAAAAAAGACUUCAGAAUCACAGUCGUUCGAUCUCCUCUCUUCUGCUCCUUCGCCGGACCUCUCUCACUCUCACCGCCCUCCUUCCUCCGUCUCGCCGUAGGUUUCAGCAACAAUGGAGGAGCCACAAAACGGGAACUCAAACGACCACUCGGAGGCCCCGCCGGAGACCGAGGAGCCUGCCGUCGGCCCUGCACCGCCUCCUAAGGCUCGCACCAAGCGUCCACUCCAGUUUGAGCAUGCCUACCUCGACGCCCUUCCCUCUGCAAAUAUGUAUGAGAAAAGUUAUAUGCAUCGAGAUGUGGUGACGCACGUUGCUGUUUCAGCAGCAGAUUUUUUCAUCACUGGAAGUCUUGAUGGGCACUUGAAAUUCUGGAAGAAAAAAUCAAUUGGUAUUGAGUUUGCAAAACAUUUCAGAUCCCAUCUUGGUCCCAUAGAAGGCUUAGCGGUUAGCAUUGAUGGUCUGCUGUGUUGCACGAUAUCAAGUGAUCAAUCCGUCAAGAUCUAUGAUGUGGUGAAUUAUGACAUGAUGGUCAUGCUUAGCUUGCCAUAUAUUCCUGGGAGUGUUGAAUGGGUUUAUGAACAAGGAGAUGUGAAAGCCAAGCUUGCAAUCAGUGAUCGAAACUCCUCUUUUGUUCACAUUUAUGAUGCACGAGCGGGUACAAAUGAACCUAUUAUCUCAAGAGAGAUUCACAUGGGGCCAGUCAAAGUUAUGAAGUACAACCCAGCUUUCGAUACUGUGAUAUCUGCUGAUGUGAAGGGAAUAAUUGAAUAUUGGAGUCCUUCUACACUUCAGUUUCCAGAGGAUGAGGUGAAUUUUAAAUUAAAAAGUGAUACUAACUUAUUCGAAAUAGUGAAAUGCAAGACGAGUGUUUCAGCUAUUGAGGUCAGCCCCGAUGGUAAGCAGUUCUCAAUUACAUCACCUGAUCGCAGGAUACGAGUAUUUUGGUUCAGAACGGGCAAACUAAGACGAGUUUAUGAUGAAUCUCUUGAGGUGGCUCAAGACCUACAAAGGAGUGAUGCUCCUUUGUACCGACUAGAAGCCAUUGAUUUUGGACGAAGGAUGGCUGUUGAGAAAGAAUUUGAGAAAACAGAAACUGCAACUCAGCCAAAUGCUGUUUUUGAUGAAAGUUCCAAUUUCAUCAUAUAUGCGACACUGCUGGGAAUAAAAAUAGUAAAUCUGCACACGAACAAAGUGGCCCGAAUCCUCGGAAAGGUGGAGAACAACGACAGGUUCUUGCGAAUCGCCUUGUAUCAAGGCGACCGAAGCAAUAAAAAAGUUCGAAAAAUUCCCACAGCAGCAGCUAAUGCAAAUGAGAGCAAAGAGCCAUUAACUGACCCUACUCUUUUAUGUUGUGCCUUCAAAAAGCACAGGAUUUAUUUAUUCAGCCGGAGAGAACCAGAAGAGCCCGAGGAUGCAACUAAGGGCAGGGAUGUUUUCAAUGAGAAGCCUCCAGCAGAUGAACUCUUGGCUGUUUCAGAACUAGGAAAGGCUGCGGCAUCAUCACUCCCUGAGAAUGUGAUUCUGAACACUACAAUGGGUGACAUUCAUAUGAGACUCUACCCUGAAGAGUGUCCGAAAACUGUGGAGAACUUCACGACACACUGCCGGAACGGUUAUUACGAUAAUUUGAUAUUCCAUCGUGUCAUCAAAGGGUUCAUGAUACAGACGGGAGAUCCUUUGGGAGAUGGCACUGGUGGGCAGUCCAUUUGGGGGAGGGAGUUCGAGGAUGAAUUUCACAAAAGCUUACGUCAUGAUAGGCCUUUCACAGUAUCUAUGGCAAAUGCAGGGCCAAAUACCAACGGUUCUCAGUUUUUCAUCACCACAGUAGCUACACCGUGGCUGGAUAGUAAACAUACUGUAUUCGGCAGAGUUGUUAAAGGAAUGGAUGUUGUCCAGGGUAUCGAGAAGGUGAAGACUGACAAGGGCGACAGGCCAUACCAAGAUGUGAAAAUUUUGAAUGUUACUGUCCCAAAGAAUUAACAUCACCCCCCAUAACGGAGACUUCCUUGAGAAGGGGUGUGCGUUUGCCAAGAAUCUUGUGUCCCAAGUAAGCGGGUCAAUCUCAUCAUCCACUUCGAAUUGCUUGUCCACUUGAAUGUGGUCUGUAGGCCAUCAGUUAUAGUUUCAGGGUAGUGGUAGAAACUCUUGAUUCUGGAAAUGUCUCGCUGUUCAUAAGGUUCUAAAGCGGGGUUUUUUUCAUUUUUUUUUCUGUUGCAGAUCGCAGCACGGUCGCUUUCAUUGUAAGCUUCCAAUCGAUACUGUAUCCCCGAGUCUGACGCGUAGUCCUGAGUUCAAAAACCUUCUCUUUGGUUUGAGAUGUACCUGUUACUUGCCCACUGGUACUGAUACAGAACCAAGCUACAAACAUUUUUAUAAGCAUCUUUCCAUUUUUAUUAUAGAUAGAUUUAUCGUGAACAUUGAAUUCGUAAACACACUAUAGGUAUAGGACACCCUAUAUCUGACUAUAUUGGCCCAGCCAUUCCUAAAUGGAUCAUUUGGUUUAAGUUUGAUCACCAGUAGAAAUGUUGAUUAAUCAUUAAUCAAAUUUAAUCCAAUAUCCAAUCUCUUUGACCAUGAUUGUUUCAUGUCUGGACUUGUAAAAAAUGCCUACAAGCAUG